AUGAAACUCCAACUUGGUCGCCAUAUCUGCGAGUGGAUUUUAGAGCUAGAGUGUUCAGAGUUUGAUCUCAAUUGUUUUAGUACUUUUAUCAAAAGUUUUGGUACUCUUUACCUCAAAGAACGAGGAAAGAGCUGUGCACUUGUUCAGAAAGCAUUCCAUUCUCAAGGGCUUUCUCGCUUGGCCUCCUCAGCUAAUCGCAAGCGAGAAAUGUUCCUCAACGAAGCCAGCAUAAUAAAAGACGAGGCGGGACCAAGUCGACCAAAGACUAGGUUUAUAAACGAUCUGGUUAAAUCUAGCGAUCAGUUUCCUGAUCGUUGUCAAUGUUUACCCUUUCAUAUGCUGGUGCUACCACCAGAGACUGGCUUUAAUUACGAGGAAGAGAAGAACUACCUUGAGUCGUCUUCGACGUCUUUCUCACUACCCUCUGCGGGACUCGAACCAUGGGCGUGACCGAAUGGCCUGUCUUCUGAGCUAUAUGGUGCAAUGAAUGACAGCGAAGAACUCAAGUAUCCUCUUCACGACGUCGUUGGCGGAGCUUUUGUAAGUUUCUUUAAUGAGGCAAAACCUUAG